UCACAUGAUGUCGCUGCACUGCUACAAGCUACUUUAAAAAGCAGACGAGAAAGGAAAUGCAGACACACAAGCCAUGCUGUUUGACAGCACCAUUGAGAGGAGCGCUGAUGUAGCCCAGCUGAGACGAUGUUUGUGAUAUCUGUGGGUGUUAUUUUACCAAAUCCACGGCACGGCGCUAUUGUGAUGCUUUUGAUCUUAAAAAAAAAAUACUCGCUAUUCUCGCUUAAAGGUUUAUGAAAUGUCAGUCAAUGUGCUCUUCCGACCUAUAUUUUUUAUAUCUUUUGUUACAUCUUUUGUCCGAACGUGAGCUUUCGCUUUGACAUCUGAUUCAUUUUGCACCCUGCAAUGGAGACGCAUUCGAGCGUGCUUUCGAGGAGAUGGCACCUCUCUCUUCUCGUCCUCCCAGCGAUGUGGACCGUCGCCUUAGCUGUAACAAGAUACUCCAUCCCCGAAGAAAUUCCAGUGGGCUCCGUGGUCGCAAACAUCGCCUCCGAUCUGGGCCUCGAAGCGAACACCCUCGCUGAGCGAAAGGUAAAGCUGGAUCAUAUUCACAGUAAGAAGUAUCUAGAGAUAAAUAAAGACACAGGAGAACUGUUUAUAGCCGAGAAAAUCGACAGGGAGUAUGUAUGCCCCGCCAAGACAUCAUCAUUUUGUUUUCUAAAGAUGGAUGUUAUUAUCGAGAGUCCAGUUCGCAUCUUUAAUAUCGAAUUGGAAAUCAUGGACAUAAAUGACAAUGCGCCUCAGUUCAGGAGGGAGAGGAUACCGCUUGAUAUUUCGGAAUCAGCGACGCCCGGGGAGAGGUUAUCUUUAACGAAUGCAGUGGAUGCUGAUGUGGGAGAAAACUCUAUCGAAACCUAUUAUCUGAGUGAGAGCGACGAGUUUACCAUUGAGAUUCAAUCUGGGAGUGAUGGAACUAAAUACGUGGACUUGGUACUAAAAGCAAAUUUAGAUAGAGAAAAGCAAGCUGUGCAUACGUUGACGCUCACCGCUGUGGAUGGUGGCAUACCUGCUCGCUCAGGGACAGCCAGUAUUAUCAUUAAAGUGUUGGACACCAACGAUAACGCGCCACAGUUCGAUCUGCAAGUUUACUCGGUUGAUUUGAUCGAAAAUGCACCUGCUGGGACACUUAUAUUGCAGCUGAACGCAACAGAUUCGGACGAGGGUACGAACGCAGAAAUUACUUACUCCUUUACUUUGUAUACGCCUGAGAAAACGCAGGAAAAGUUCUCUCUAGAUCCCAACAGCGGAGAAAUAAGAGUAAAAGACGUGAUUGAUUUCGAAGAGGUUAAAAGCUUUGAGAUGUAUGUGGAAGCCAAAGACAAGGCAGUAAAUCCCCAGUCUGGUCAAUGUAAAAUAUUGGUAUUCAUCACUGAUCUAAAUGACAACUAUCCUGAAAUUACAAUCAAUUCAUUUCAAGGUUCAAUCAAAGAAAGCGACCCUAUAGGAACAGUAAUAGCGCUCAUCAGUGUCAGUGACAGGGAUUCUGGAGAUAAUGGCAAACUUCUUAUCUCAAUUCAAAAUGCAGAGGCGUUACCUUUUGGGCUGAACAAGUCAUCCGAGGACUUUUUUGCUCUGACUGUCACCGAGUCACUAGACCGAGAGAAAAUCCCUAAAUACAAUAUCGUACUCCAUGUGACGGACAGAGGAACUCCACCCUUGAACGAUAAUGAAAUGAUCAGUGUUGAAAUUCAAGAUGUCAACGAUAAUGCUCCCGUGUUUUCCCAAACCCACUAUACUAUUCAUUUAUUGGAAAACAACGAACCUGGGGCUUUGUUAUCUUCUCUCACAGCUCAUGACCCAGAUCUACAUGAAAAUCAGUAUCUUGUUUACGUCAUCAUUGAAAAAGAGAUCGCCAACACGUCCAUAUCCAUGCUGUUUUCCAUCAACCCCGAGAACGGAAACCUCUACGCUCUACGCACGUUUGACUACGAAAGAGAAAAGGAGUUUCUGUUUCACAUCGAAGCAAGAGACUCCGGAGUCCCUUCCCUUAGCAGUAACGUCACUGUACACAUCAUCAUUCUGGACCAAAACGACAACACCCCACUUAUAGUUUCUCCGUGGCGCCCACAGGGCUCUGUCAUUGAAGAAAUAAUCCCAAGAUCAGCUGAUAAAGGAUCUCUUGUCACCAAGGUGAUCGCACUGGACGGCGAUUCAAUGCAGAACUCCCGUAUAACAUAUCAGUUUCUGCAAAUCACGGACACAACGCUGUUCAGCUUGGAUCAGUACAAUGGUGAGGUUCGGACCACACGCAUGUUCAGCUACAGGGACCCCAAACACCAACGGGUGGUCAUCAUUGCCAAAGACAACGGAGAACCUCCUCGCUCGGCCACAGUGACCAUCAAGGUGUCAACGGUGGAACAGAUGGUGACACACUUUACAGAAACCACAGAGGUGCCUAUAGAAUACGAUCUGUUCACAGAUUUAAACCUGUAUUUGUUGAUCGGUUUGGGCUCAGUGUUGUUUCUGCUGCUCAUCACUAUUCUGGUCAUCUGUGUGCUAAAAUGUCAAGAACCCAAACCUUCGAAAGCAGCUACCCAGGGCAGGAACAGCAUCAUUAGCCAGAGGAACUCAACCAUUGCUGACUCUACUCUUAUCUCGAGUGAUGCCUAUUGGUACAGUCUAUUUCUGGCAGAGACUAGAAAAGGAAAGGUGGUGGUACGACAGCCCCUCCCUAAUGGUACAGGGUUUAUUGUGUCAAGUAUUCCAGGAAGUGCUGCUCUUACAGAGACCAGCGCGUCAAGAUCCACAUUACAGGAAUCGAGUAGUGAUUUACCCUGAUCUGACUGCUGGAUUACAGCUGGAUCUCUUGCCAGGAUCAUUAUCCAUGAGGGGAGAUUGAUCAUCUGUUUUACUCCUUACUUCAAAUCCAGACAGUGUCAACAAUAAGUUACCACAUUGAGCAUGACAUUGCAUGGCUAGGCCAAAAAAGGACCUUUCGACCUAUCUUUAAGACCUCUAAAUAGUCCUGCACCGAGGACAAAGUAAUACUUCCUGAUAACUGAACCGAUAUUCAAUGGAAAGAAUCUCAUUCAUUAAUUUUGGACUUUUAGAUGUUUUUUGUGACAUGAAGUGCACAGAAUAUGCCAAACAAAAAGACUGUAUUUCAAUGUUCUGGAAUUUAUGGUAUCUUAUUUUUACAUAGUUGAAACAUGCUGAGGAGAAAGCUGUGACUGAUGAGCACAAUGUAAGAAGUCAGACAUUGCCAAUACCUCAGUUGGUUUGACAGCUGUGUGGUGCACAUUCAGUAUAUAAUGUACAUGAAUACUUUUUGCUAUUAACCAAAUUUAUUGAUUUUGAAAAUUCAUCUACAGUAUUUACAUAAGACAGAUGUUAAAAUAAUAAUUACAUUUUACUGAAAAACAUGACACUAAUUAUUUAGUGCAAAUCCAUUACUCUGUAUUAGAAAAGGAGUUGGGCGCCCUCAUCACAUUAUGGAUCUACCUUCUCUUCAGAUAUGAAUGUGAAGCCAGUACGACAAUAUUAUCUUAAAUGAUCAAUGAUAAUAAUAAUUAUUAAACAUUAAGUUAUUUUUUGUAAAAGAGUUUACAAGUAUACUGUUAACUUGCUAUUUAGUAUCAGUUUUGGGUUUGUUUACUGGAGUUUUUGAGGUUUUUAAUUGUUUUGUACUCUAAAAUGAAAAAAGCUUCUUUAAUGCUACAUCUUAUAUGAAUUAAAUGUUGUAUGGAUUUAAUAUUACUGGUAAAAAAUAUUCAAAAAUUCAUUAUAUCAAUUAUUAGAAAGAUGGAAAUGUGAUUUCAAAAUGUUUAAAACUCAACUCAACAGUAGAAGUAUUGAUCACUUGGGAAUUGUCUAUAAACACAGAAUUUAAACGCUAAAAGGGGCGGUUUCCCGGACAGGGCUUAAGCCUAGUCCCAGACUAACUGAAAUGUUAGAGGUGUUUUAAACGAAAACCACUUACUCUGGCAUAUCCUACAAUAUAUCAGUGCGAUUGUUUUGUCUCAAGAUUCACACCAGUAAUGUUUUUUGUAAAGUAUGUUUUUUAAAAAUCCAAAUUUAACUAAGCCCUAGUACUGGUUUAAGAUAAUACUUGUUUUGGAAACUGCCCCAUAUAUCAAACAAAUAAAGUGCUGUGUGCCUUUAGCUGUUUGCUUAAGGGUGGAGAAAUAAAGUGUGCCUGUAAUUAUUGCCUGGAGUGACCUUAAUGUUAAUAUAACUUUGGUCCCUACCUGAUGAAGUUACAGAAUGAGUCUUAAACUCCCUCCCCACAAAUGGUUUCUCAUCGUGUGCUUUUUGUUGCCUUAUUUGCAAAGCAUCCUUAUGCAAACAAGUAACCAAUGCC